CGCCGGUUGACUCAGUCAUUCCAUCAUAAGCUACGACAACGUUUGGAUCGAUUAAAUUUGCGCGUUCGGUAGUGUUAAAAACAUAGAAAUUUGUUUCUUCAACGUUGUUCUCUUACUUCCGGGUAAAAUGGAUACGAGGAUCUUGAUAUUGCUAUUGUUUGUCAGCGUUGCGGGAUCAUUCGCGGAGUUACGAUCCCCUCUCUUCAGAGUGCGUAGAAACGGAUUGCACGAAGAUAGACCACGCGAGAUGGAUUUCAAUGGACUAUCGAGGAUGAAACGAGAAUCCAGCAGUACUACCAAAAGUACAACUAUACCUACGUCUACUUUGAAUCCUACCAGUGCGACUCUGCCCAACAAAAAUUCUCAAAGUACUUCCACAAAAAAGCCAGAUCCUACAAUGCCUAGUCUAGAUUUUACAACGACUGAUUCAGAUCCUACGACACCUAGACCAGAUUCUACAACGUCUAAUUCAGAUCCUACAUCUUCUAGUGCAGAUUCUACAACGCCUAAUUCAGAUCCUACAACGGCCAAUUCAGACCCUACAACGGCCAAUUCAGACCCUACAACGGCCAAUUCAGACCCUACAACGGCCAAUUCAGACCCUACAACGGCCAAUUCAGACCCUACAACGCCUAAUUCAGAUCCUACAAAUUCCACGCCUGAUUCAAGUUCAAAUACGAGUAAGACUCCCGAACCAAGUCCAACGUCUGCUAAACCGACCACUCGACCGAAUCGAAGAUCAACGCGCGAACCACAAGCCACAACUCCCAGUCCAACUGCCAAAUCUACUACGCCUAAGACUAAUUCGGAAACUACAACCUCUAGUCCAACUACCAAACCUACGACACCUAACUCAGAAGCCCCAACUUCUAGUCCAAAUCCGAGAUCCACGCCUACAACUGAAGCCAUGACUUCUUCUCCGACUCCUAAGACCACCACACCUACAUCGGAGACUCCAACUUCUAGUCCAAAUCCCGAAUCCACGCCUAAACCCGAAACAGCGACUUCUUCUCCGACUUCUGAGACUACCACGCCUAAAUCAGAGACUCCAACUUCUCGUCCAAAUCCCGAACCCACGCCUAAACCCGAAGCAGCGACAUCUUCUCCGACUCCCAAGCCUACCACACCUAAAUCAGAGACUCCAACUUCUAGUCCAAAUAGCGAAUCCACGCCUAAACCCGAAACAGCGACUUCUUCUUCGACUCCCAAGCCUACCACACCUAAAUCAGAGACUCCAACUUCUAGUCCAAAUAGCGAAUCCACGGAUCCUAAGUCGAAGCCCAUGUCGUCUAGUCCAGCUGGCAAAUCUACGACGCUGAAACCAAAAUCUGAGACCACGACCGCGCCUACAACAAAACAACCAUCCGAUUCUGGAAAAGUAACUGAUCCAACAUCGACGAUCGCCACCCCUGUGAUAGGUUCACGUUUUAAUCCAGACGACGAAAUUCAAAUGCCUAAUAAAAAGCCUGAAUCAAACCAAGCGACAAACCCAGCUCCAAACGAAGGAUCAAAUACAGGAACUUUCAUGUAUCCUGGAUUCCCAACUUUCCAGUUCCCUCCGUUCUUCAUGCCUUCGUUCACUCCCGACUUUUCGGUCCCGACUUACAAUCCUUACAACCCUUACUUUACACCCGAUACUGGUAAUAAUAAUGCAUGGGCUGCACCUAAUGGCGGAGCUGGACCUGCGGCAUCUUUCGCUUCUGCUAGUGCAUCGGCUGGAGCUUCUGCUGAUAGCACAAAUUUAAACGCAUCGCCGUUAGGUUAUCAAGGAGGAUACCCUGACAACCUGAACAUGGUCAACACACCUUUGGUCAUCGAACCGAACACUGGCAACGUGCCGAACAUGCUUAACACAGGGGCAUAUGGUAGCUACGGAGGAGGCGCACCAUACUUCGACACUGGAUUUGCUUUCCCUGAUUUUCAGAAACAAAUGGAGGAAAAUUUCAGACAAUUGCAAGCUGAAAUCCAAAAGCAACAACAAUCGAUCUUUGAAGCAACUAAUCGCAUAGCCACCGACGGAGCUAAUGGCUUACCUGGAACACAUACCGCUGUUUCUGGCAUUCAUUUGGGACCAGAUGGCGGUUAUCAAGCUGGUGCGAUUAAUCCAGUUGCACCGGGAAUAGAAUCUAGAUUCGCCGAUGAACUCCCUCCACCGUCUAGCAAUAAUUACGGAGUGUUUUCCAGUUCUAGCUCUCACACCUUGGUUGGUCCGGAUGGAAAAACGAUCUCUCGCAAAUCUUCGACAACAGGUGUAAAUGAUAAUGGAAAAAUUACUUACCGAACAGUCCAGGAGUAAAAUGUACGUCCUCGGUUGGAUUUACAUUAUCAUUGAUCUUCAAUGGAACGCGUUAAUACCACGAUAAAACACAAUUGUUUUCUUUUACCCUUUUAAAUCCAACAUUCUCUGUAACUCAGGAUUAUAGAUAAUAUUUUUAAUCGUUUACUUACCAAAUAUACAUAAAUGGCUGGCGUAAAAA